UAAAGAAAAGAAAACAUGGGCGAAAAAUUGUGCAAACUUCGCAGAAAACGUUUCUCAAGUAUAAUAUCCGAAGAAGAAACAGCUGACGUACAAGCGGAGAAUAUCAUAUCUUUAUCAAUGCUGUCUGAUUGGCCUAAAUUCGAGUAUAUAAGAAAGUGGUUUCGAAAACUUGUUUCAGAGGAGGCAUCGUACGCUUGGUUGACAUUCGCAAGCACAGCUAUGAUUUUCUCCCUGUUAUCAGCUUUAGCGGUAAUUUCUCUGUUACAGGAUUCUUCGGGUUUUAUUACGUAUAUAGAAGUUCGUCUGCCUUUGCCGGGUGAAAGAUCUCCACCUGGAUCACCAUGGCCAAUGCCGAAAUCAUGGCACCGCUCGGAUCAUCAGCUAACCAUCGAUCCACAGUCAUUUUACAUUUCAUCUGGGGCAUCGGAUUGUGAUGUUAUAGAUGAAGCUCUGCGACGUUACAAGAAAAUCGCUGUCAUUGAUUUGAAAGGUCAUAAGCAAGCAGGACUUCCAGAAUUACAAGGCCUUCAUGUGAACGUUGCCAGCGGUUACGAAUGCGGUUACCCUAAGCAUGGAGACGACGAAUCCUAUAAACUCGACGUACCUGCAUCUGGAGUAGCAGACCUACACGCGAAUACCGUAUGGGGAGCUUUGAGAGGUCUGGAAACCUUUAGCCAGUUAGUGUAUCAAGACAAACGCGGCAUUCUUUUGAUCAAUUCCUCAAAAAUAGAAGAUGAACCCAGAUACAAAUAUAGAGGAAUGCUUAUAGAUACCGCUAGACAUUUUCAACCAAUCAAAACCUUGAAAAAGAAUUUGGAUGCCAUGGCGUAUAAUAAAUUCAACACGUUCCACUGGCACAUCAUCGAUGACCAGUCUUUCCCCUUAGAAAGCAAAAUAUAUCCUAAUCUGACAGAACUGGCUGCGUACAGUCCAAAGCACGUAUACACGCAUAAAAAUAUCCGAGACAUCAUCCGGUAUGCACGUUAUCGAGGAAUUCGAGUCAUUCCCGAGUUGGAUACGCCAGGACAUACGCAGGCCUUAGGAAAAGCAUUCCCUU